AACUUAACCUUCAAAAAUACCUCGGCAUGUCUCCACUCCGUCGUUAAGAGCAUGUCUCUAAGAUAGCGUCACAUGUCCGAUUACGUAUUCCGAAUGUUCAACGAUAAUAACCAAACCAAAAUCUGACAGGACGUCGUCCCUCCACAUUCUCCUUACGACCUCAAUCACCUUGACUAGAACCGAAAAAUCCGGACCACACCACCGAAAUGGCAAGCAUCAAACCCUCCAGCCUGCUAAAUCUAGCAAGCAGAACCCUCAACCGAAGACAAUUCUCUUUCACUACCCCCGCAGCCGCUAAACAAAUGACCGUCAGAGACGCCCUAAACUCAGCCCUCGACGAAGAAAUGACUCGUGACGAUCGCGUCUUCAUCAUCGGAGAAGAAGUGGCGCAGUACGACGGCGCCUACAAAGUAACAAGGGGGCUGUGGAAGAAGUACGGCGACAAGCGCGUGAUUGACACUCCGAUCACCGAAAUGGGCUUCUCAGGGAUCGCCGUGGGGGCCGCCAUGGCGGGGCUGCGCCCCGUCUGCGAGUACAUGACGUUCAACUUCGCCAUGCAAGCCAUAGACCAAAUCAUCAACUCAGCAGGAAAGACGUUCUACAUGUCAGCUGGUAAAAUUAACUGUCCUAUUGUGUUCCGGGGGCCUAAUGGGGCCGCAGCUGGGGUUGCCGCUCAACACUCGCAGUGCUACGGGGCGUGGUACGCCCACUGUCCUGGUUUGAAAGUAAUCUCGCCUUAUAACGCCGAAGACUGCAAGGGGCUGCUCAAAGCGGCUAUACGGGACCCCGAUCCCGUGGUUUUUCUCGAAAAUGAGAUCUUGUAUGGGGUGCAGUACCCCAUGUCGGAUCAGGCGCUUGCAGAGGACUUUGUGUUACCGAUUGGAAAGGCAAAGGUCGAACGACCUGGGAAACAUAUAACAAUAGUGGCGCACUCUAGGGCUGUGGAGACGUCGCUGCUGGCCGCUAACGAGUUGUCAUCGAAAGGCAUCGAAGCCGAAGUUAUUAAUUUGCGGUCACUGCGCCCCCUCGAUUUUAACACGAUCACGGCUUCAGUGGCCAAAACGCACCAUUUGAUAAGCGUGGAACAGGGGUGGCCUACAGCGGGAAUCGGGGCUGAAAUUUUGGCAAGAAUUAUGGAAACUGAAGCGUUCUUCCAGCUGGAUCAACCAGCGAUUAGAUUAACGGGAGUCGACACCCCCAUGCCUUACACAAAGAAUUUAGAAAGUGCGGCGUUGCCAGUUCCCAAGGACGUAGUCGAAGCGGCGAAGAAAUUGUUAAAAGUCAAGUAGAAAGUGCCUUGUGGCAACUGGACUAUGUUGAAGACAUAGUUAGUGGUAAUUUAUUUUAUUUAUUUACUUUGUUUGACGCCAUCAUCAAGGUCUAAGAUUACUCUUUACAUAUGUACAUACAAUUGUAAAAUAGAAUAGUUGUCUGAGGUGUAAUAAGUGCAUUUUUCCAAUUAGGUGCUGCCAGGUGGAUUUUUAUUCGUUUGUUUUACGUGCCAACUUUUUAUUCCAUCCACUUGUAUGAAAUUUUUGUAGACAAUAAACUUAUCAACUCAAA